GGCCAGAAUCGAGUGUCCACCCCCCAACACACACACGCAACCACACAAGCACAUAGACUUGCAUGCUAAGGCAGAGGCUUAUUACAUUAAGGAUGGACCUAUGAAACAAGGCACUGAAACUUAACAGUGUUUGGGUUGUGGUUUUUAUGAGCAGAGCAGACGAGUUCCCAGCAUUCUGUGUGGAAGGGUGUGGAAGCAGUAUUUUUCUUCUGGUGAAAACAGAAUUGUGAACUUUCAGGUUUUCCAAAGCAGCUCAGUAUCUUUUAGUAGAAGUCGGACUUCCUACUUCCCAUCCUAAUGGCUGCACCAGGUUAUCCCAGCCCACAAGCAGGGUACACAGGCCCUCAUCAAGGGAAUUACCCAUUAGCCCCAUACCCUACUCCACAACCUGGAUAUCCUGUACCACAACCUGGUUACCCUACUCCACCUGUUGGUUACAUGCCUGUGGAUCCAAAUAAUCCACCCCCUCAGGUUGGUUUUGGUGUCUAUCCUUCAGCACCUCCAGCAGCAAAUCAUCCACCACAAGGUCUCCAAGCCCAUCCUGAGGGGACUCCUUCGUCAAAACCACCAGCACCCCAGCCACCAGUGCAAGAUCCACAUUCAACUGUAGUGCCAUAUGUACCAGCGGCAACUGGAGUGCCACCAGGCCUUGAAUAUCUGACACAGAUUGAUCAAAUUUUAAUACAUCAGCAAGUUGAAUUGGUGGAAGCUUUCAUUGGCUUUGAGACUAACAACAAGUAUGAGAUAAAGAACAGCAUGGGACAGAAGAUAUUUUUUGCCAAAGAGGAGAAUGACUGCUGCACACGGAACUGCUGUGGACCGCUUCGCUAUUUUAACAUGAAAAUAUUGGACAACUCUAACCGAGAAGUUAUUCAUCUGGUCCGGCCUUUCAGGUGUGCCAGUUGUUGGUGUCCUUGCUGUCUGCAAGAGCUGGAGGUACAGUCUCCUCCGGGAACUACUAUUGGGCAUAUUGUACAAAACUGGCACCCUUUUAUUCCAAAAUUCUCAGUUCAGAAUGCUUCCAAAGAGACAGUUUUGAAGAUUGUUGGGCCCUGUUUUGCCUGCAAUUGCUGUGGAGAUAUUAAUUUUAAGAUUCAGAGUUCAGAUGAGUCAUCGAGUGUGGGAAUGAUCACCAAACAGUGGAGUGGACUUGUGAAGGAGAUUUUUACAGAUACAGAUAAUUUUGGAAUCCAGUUUCCAAUGGACCUUGACGUGAAAGUGAAGGCUCUCUUGUUAGGAGCCUGCUUCCUCAUUGAUUUCAUGUUCUUUGAGAAAACUGCAGAUGUGAAUCAACGGAGCACUGUGUUUUCCUAAAAGAAUGGUCCUAACUAUCAGUUUCCACAUUUGUUUCAACUCCACUUACAGUCUUCAAGAUUGAUCUGCAGCUGGAAUUGAUAACCUAAGUGACUCUAUCAGAAAAUAUAAAUACUUGAUUGAGCAGAAAGGGUGGUGACAUGAUGUAUGUUUUUCAAAUCCUCUGAACUUCUUGACUGUUAAUUGUUAUGCAGUGCUCUGAGCACUAAUUAGUUAAAGGUGUAUUUGUCAUUGUAUUUACCCAAGGCAGUCAAGAAAUUCAGCCCAUCUCACUUUGGAGAGCUGGAUGACACUGACUCUUUUUCAUUUUUUUUACGACACAACUGUUAAACCUUAAAACUGUAUCUAUGACUGUAUCAGAUUUAUAGAAAUCUAUAUAAAAUGUGUAUUCUAUUCUGUUACUAUAUUUUCUUUUAAGGGUAAUGGUAGGAAUGGUGCAUUAAAUUCUACAAAAGGCAGCUUGCACGUUGUCCAAACAUCUGUCUUUACUACAGAUUUUAUACAACAGUACCUCUGUGUCCUGACUGCCUCAAAUGAUAACGGGGGUAGGAUUUUUUAUUAUUGACCCAUAUGAGCUUGGUUCCUGCUAUACAAUGGAUUUUUAAAAAAAAUGAAUGGUCAAAACAAGAAUGUUUGAAUGCUAAUGCACUGAAAUUGCAUGUUUGCACUGUUGUGUGUACAUACAUGGGAUGAGAAGAUAAGCACCAUAUACCGCAGUAUGGAGUAUAUUUUCAGAUGUUACUCCACAGCUUAAUAAAGUACAUGUCCCAGGAUUCUUUGAAGUAGACAUCACUGUAGGAGGCAUAGGUUGGAGAAUUGAUAAGAUGUUACACCUCCAGUCAUAAACCACUAUGACAGAACAACACUGGUUCAGCAGUAAUUUAGUCAAACCUUGGACUUAAGCCUUGCUUACCUGGACAUUUAGAGAAUACUAGUCGCAACUUUCUGCUUUCAGUAGUAUGACAUCAGAAAUUUAAAUCAAUUGCAGGCAUGAACAUUUAGACUGGACCAGGUAUGUGCAUUCCAGGGUGCUAUGAACUAUCCAGGAAAGAAAAGAAGGAAUGACCACACAAUGACAUCUAAUUUGUAUGACUGGGGGAUGGCCAGGUGGGGACAUUCACCCCCCUACUUAUCCAUGCAUACAGAUGGCCUUCAUUCCCUAGAAUGUCACCAUCUGUGUAACCAAUCUUAGCUGCUUCAGGGACAAGUAAUUCUGUACCACAAGAUAAAAUUAUUUUAAACUUAUCUUUCCCCAAUCUUAAAUUUUCACAGUUCUGCUAAUUGCACUUUCACUAGAACUUACAGUAGGAAUACUAAGUAAAUGACUACCAUUGUGCCUGUCUCUAGCAUUUCAAAUUUUAUGUAAUAUUCAAAAACAUUCUUUAGGUGGCCUUCUGAUUAACAAUCACUUUUGACAAAACCAAAUGCAGUGGUCUUUAAGCCUGACCCCACAGAAAAAUACCAAAUAUUGAAAGUUAAGGUAUUAUGCACCUAAAGUGCUUGGUUCUUGGCCUCCCCAAGUAGGCUGGGCUCAGCAUUUGAUAAAAAUGCUGUAGUUGCAUUGGUGGUUUCUGUUUUACUUCCGAAGUGCACCUUUGCCUAGAAUUAAUUACAACAACCUUUGCAUUUGAUGUCAUAAUUUUUUAACUGCAUAAAUAUCUUGCUGAGAUCUUAAGUCUAUUAGGAUGAUUAAAUUCCACUUAAAGCUGAACCAGCCUUAAUUAUUUUACUAUGGGAUAUGUGAAAUGAUGCUACAAUAUUUUUGUAUGCAGUUUCAUUACUUUCCAAGUUCCUCUUGUGCAGGUCAAGUUGUGGAAUAAUUUACAUGUCUUGUAAUAGAUGUCCUACUUCAACCCAGUUUUGCACACUCUGCUAUAUCCUUUAAGUCUUAGCAACACAAACUUUUUCAAGUGCAGUUAACAACAUAAUUAGCUAUAUAAAUCUCAAUAACAAGUUAUAUGCUGCACAGCUGUGUUAUACACCAUACUGUCUAACCAACCUUACUAAACCAGUAAAGUCUGGACCUUUGUGGUAGUUACUCUGAGCAGCACUUAGUUACUCUGAUCAGCACUUAUUUAACAAGACACAGUUGUUGCACUGACACAUUUCAUUAUCAUUUAGAGGUGUUUGCUUUCAAAUAAUCUAACAUAAUUUGCAAAUGAGAGCAAAAUCUAGAUGUGCCUCUUGCGUUCCUGCAAUUUCAGUGCAUGCGUUUUAGAUUGUAGCAUGCCACUCUGAGUGUGCAUUCUGGAAUGCUAUGAAGUACUUUGCAUGUGCAUUUAAACAUUAUGAAGUAGUGGGAACACAACCUUGUUUGAAACUGGAAUUUCAUAGUGACCUCUAGCAAUCCUUGCAAUACCAGUGACUGUUAAAAACAUGGAAGUACACUCCUGCAGGAUGGACCAGUUACACUGCAGGGAGAAAAGGACUGCAGGUGCCAAGCAAGACACUUCACUUGGAUUCACACCUGCAUUGCCUUUUGUCAUCAGUUAGCUAACCACCCAUUGCUUGAAUACUGUGAUCAAACUCCUCCCCCAACAGAAGAGUGGUUGCCUUCAGUUGUACUGUUAUAUGGCAGCCACUAGCCCUUGGCACAUAAGGCUUGCUAGUUGUACUGCUUGUUCUUUACCCAGCAUAGAGCUUAUUAAAGACAUCAGCUGAUUAUUAGUAGUUCCUCCAUGAUGAGUCAGGAAUACACUUCAAAAAUCUGCUUGCAGAACGAGUGACCAUGACCCUUCUGCCAAAUGCUGUAAUAAUGACAGGCACUCUGAGAUGAGACAAGUGUGUAUAUUUUGGGCAUAAAGACUGGGUUUGAGUCUCCAAAGACAAUGCAGUCUGAGACCUUAGAGUUCAGUAUCUGUGUCCUUGGUGUGUUUUGUGACAUGAGCUCUGGUCUUAAUAGAGCUGUGGAUUACUGCAGCAACUCCACCUCCACAUUUUCAGUAUCACUUACUCAGAUGUGUAGGUCUUCUGUCUUGCCAUUUCCCAUGCCCUCUGGUACCAGUAUCUGCAGUAUUUGCACAGCUUGCAUUUGGUGAAAUUCCUUCAUAUGUUGAGUUAAUGCAGAAAUACCAGACUGCUCAUACUGUACCUUACUAUGUGUAUAAAUCAGUAUUUUAGGUACAGAACUGAUUUUUUUGCUUAAAGUUAGUACUGCAAAUGCAUGCUUAUACGUACAAGUUUGCAGCUUUACUGGUAUUUUCUACAAGCCGAGUCACUGUUUGCUGUUAAUGCUGUAUGCCCCUACUCGAGCUAGAUAUUUAUAUAUGCUGAACUUCAGUCGUCUAGGAGUGCGAGGCUCUCCAGUGGCUAAAGUCUCACUCGUUAUCACUCUUGUAACAUUUGUUACCUAUAUGUAGCGGAAAUAGUAUCAUUAACUUUGUAGUUGUUGACUUUGUUCUCGAGUCGGGUAUUAUCCUCAAAUGUUAGACAUCCACAUACAUAUAUAUAUAUUUAUAUCUACCUACUAUCCCUAUGUAGUACCAUGGGUAACUUGACCCCUGUGGUAUUGGCAUUGAUGUUGCAAUUUUCCACAUUUGUAAAAUAUCUUCAGAUAUUGCUUGUAUACUGAGGUUCUAGAAAAUGCAUUUCUGUACCUUCUGCAACCAUUUAGCUGAUAUUUUUGUUAAUGUGCACUGAAUCUCUAACUGUAUAAAUUAGGAUAUUUGCAAACUGAUGAGGCUGUCUGUGCAUUAUGUAUUAGAUACAUGACCUUUGUCUGCUGUAAUUGUUUGAAUUUAGUCCAUUUGCAGGAUGUCUGGCAGUGAUUUGUAAGCAUCUAUCCAUGCCUGUUGCAUCUGUUCAUCUGCUCUCUUUUUGGUAAUGCUAAACAUUUAUGUUGAAUUUGUGGCUUCUAAUGCUCGUUUUGUGGUACAUCUGCCUGGCUCUGGGUCAUGUGGCAUUUUAUAGUCUAGAUAUAAAGCUUUAACUGUUGGCUUUUGUGAUUCAUUUGAGAUGUCUGCCAUGUUUUCUCUUUCAGUUCACCAGUUCCAUGAAACAGCAUUUCAUCAUCAUGCUUUGAUAUGUCACUGUAUUCAAGGUUGCAGUAGGAUGCGAUGUGCAAGAAACCUUCCUGAUGAUGCACUGAAGAGUAGCAUUAUUCCCGUGUUUUAACUGCUUAUGCUCCUGUGUUAAAGUAGUAUAUGUAAAAUCUUUUGCAUAAGAAAGGGACUGAACAGAAGGGAUGGCAUUGCAUGCAUCCAAAAAAACCUUGGCUUGUCAACUAACAUUUAAUGCCUUUUCAUACAAGGAAUGCAUUUUGCAUCAUUACCCCCCCCCAUCAUGAAUUAUACCAGGGGGUGCAACACCAGAAGUUUGACAGGAGUCAUGCACACCUGGUGCACCAUAUCCCUAAAAUCCACCAGGGUUUCCUCCCCCUACAAGUCCAAAUACUGUGUUCACCAGUUUCAGUGCAUCAUAUACUAAUAUAGGCAAGACAGGAUUUCAUGGCAGUGAGGGUCAUUGUAUAUUUCCUAGAUGCAUAUGGAGUACAAACCACAUGCUGCACCUGUGUUGAAUGACACUCAUAAGAUGCAAUUGUUUGCAUAUGAGUCUUUUGCAUUUGCAACUAGCAAAAUUAGUUGCAUAUAUGCAACCCAUGCAUAGGAGAAUGCCACUUAUUGAAGAUAGAAGUGACACCAUUCUCAUUCGUUUUUAACUUUUGUGCUCCAUAAGUCUGUUUUAGUGUAUGUAUAAGAACCUUAGACAUUUGUUUGCCAAAUGUACUGUGCUGCUUUGAAACAAAUAUUGAUGUAAUCUGACCUGUAUUAAAAACAAAGUUAACAAAACAA